GGCAGAGUUGGGUAAUUUAACUAUCUAACAUUAAAUAUUAAAGUAUUAAGUAUUAAUUAAGUAUUAAAGUGUUAAGUAUUAUUAUUAAAUAUUAUUAAGUAGUAUUAUUAAGUAUUUAACAUUAACUAUUUAACAUUAACUAUUUAACACAGAAGCAUUAACUAUUUGCAUGAGUUUCGUUGUUGUCUCAAUAUUGCAGGACAGGAUGCCAUUUUUGUUUGCCGUUUUAUUGAAAAUCUCCAGCUUGUCAUUAUUCGGAAAAAAUUUGUUUGUUUUCAGAGGUCCCCGUGUGGAAAAUAAAUAGCAGAGGUAAAUAGAGGGUGAUAGCAGAGGGUUAGGUUUGGUUAGGUGGUUAGGUUUGGUCAGGUCUUAUUUCUGCUGGACAAUCUUGUUUGAAUGUGCUUAAGAAUGAUAAAUAUCAACAUAGCAGAUCAGCAUACUGUAGUUACAAGACUGUUAAGUUUAGUCUUUGUGAAAGUAUCCUACACAAAAAUCCAGAACCACAAGGACGAAUAGCGAAAAUGUUAUGAGAUCCGGUGCUGGACGAAUAUCCACAGCACGAAUAUCCACAGCGUAAAAGAAAAGGGAAGAUGGGUUACUUUCGAAAUAGUUUUGAUAUUUUUCUGCAUGAGAUCCACUGCUUUCAACAGUUCUAGGCAUUGUUCCUUGUGCAAAUGGGCGACCUAACCCAACAUCCAACCUAACCUAACACUGUGGUAUAUAUUACCCCUGGACCCCCGGGGUAAUAUAUAUACCUAGCACCCUUGGGAAGCAUUUGCACACAUAUUGCUAUAGAAGAACUUUGACUUGGUUUUUUCAUGUAGGUUUUAUUACUCAACUCUGCCACUACCUUAUACUACAUAUUGUCCUAAUUUUCAAUUCUUGCAUGGACUGGAUACUGGAUAGGGCUACUGUGCAAAGUCACCGUGGAGCAACUCUGGGCAAUAUCAAGAUUGCAGACCUUCAUUUUGCUGCUGACGUUGCUAUUCUAUCUGAAUCUCUAGAACAGAGAGCUUUAUAUAUCUCAGUAGUGCAGUUCACUCCGGGCUGUCAGACCAGGAAGUCAGUAGACGGAUUAGCUUAACAGGGGACGUGAAAUCUCUUGACAAGAGUAUUUGGAGUUGCCAGUACCUGUACAGAAGGACCAAGCUACGUGUCUUCAAGGUCCUGAUACUGCCAGUUUUACUAUGCGGUAGUGAAACCUGGACGCUAUCUUGUGCCUUGCAAUCUCGUCUUGAUGCCUUUUGUAACAUCCUUGUGCCGGAUCAUGGGGUACAGUUGGCAGAACCAUUAGUCUAAACAACGGUUGCACCGUGAGACUGGUACAGGAACUGUUACUUGCACAAUCCACGAUGGCCAACUGGGUUAUAUGGCCACUUGGCUUGUUUCCCACAGGAUGAUCCUGUCCACCAGGUUGCCUCAUGCUCGAGACAACCCUGGGUGAAGGAGGCGUGUGGGAUGACCAAAGAAAUGGUUUGGGCAGAUUGAUCAAACCUGUCGUAAAGAGCUAGAGCCAUCGUUUAAGGAAAAUAAUAUGGAUAGUCCCCUACUUAAGAACAUUCUACUUAUGAACAUUCCAUACAUACAAAAUUUUUUAAAUACUAGAGUCCCAAAAAUUGUUUGAAAGUUGCUAGCAAACUUCAAAUUUCCCAGGUGCGAAUAUAGUUCAUGAGUCUGCCACACCAUCUUAUUGAUCAGUUCACCAGCCAUCACCACUACAAUAUAUUUUCUUUUUGAAUAAAUUAUGUUUCUACAUUAAAGUUGUAUGAAUCACCAUCAAAUAAUAUUAAAAGCAUUACAUAUUGCAGGUACUGUAUAAGGUAUGUUGUACUUAUUGGGAUUUAUUUACAGGUAUUCUUAAUGUAAACAAAACCUUAAAACAAUGGAAAAAUAGGUUAUGGAGACCUAACUUUCGACAUACAAACAAAUUGACUUACAAACAGCCUCUCGGUCCCCAUGAUGUUCUUAAGUUGGGGACUUACAGUAUAUGCAAAUGAUAGAGCAAAUAAAAAAAAAUAAAAAAAGAAAAAAAAUUAUGUACUUCUGCCCCAACUCAUAAAUAACAAAGUUAUUAGACACACUAAUGUCACAGAGCCUGAAAUUAAAACGUAAUACUCCCUAGAGUAUAUAUGAAAAUAAGUUGAACCCAAGUAUAUUCAGGUAUAGGUAUGGUCUCCUGACAAGAACAAGUCUCCCCAUGAAGAUAUAAAGCGAUGCAGACCCUUGUCAGUGUUACUUCAUUUACAUCAUAUGGAAUUCAGUUUCUAAAAAGGAUUAAUAAAUUCACCAAGAAUAGUCCAUUCCAGAGCCUACACACUAUCAUGGUUGGUAAUGAACUGUGGCCUUGUACCACAAAGGCGGCCUGGCCCCUCUUGACCCAGCAUAGAGCACAGUGGUGCCCACGUUUAAAAGACCUGUAGAUUAUCAUCCUUAUGUCCCCAAGACAGUGUAUAGUGCCUUGUAAAACAAUAAAGGCUUAUCCCAGCCAUAGGAACCCUCAACUCCCAUUCUAUCUACCAUACAAUCAGUGGAAAACCAUUUCCCUGGUGUAUAGUGAUCUCCUUUGGUCAGGAUUACUUAUAAAAUAUCCCUCCAAGACUACAACCAUAAGUCUGUCUGUUGACAGUAUAUCUGGGAUAUUAUAGAGAUAAAGCAGACUGAAAUGAGAUUAAGAAAAAAAAAAUUCCAGUGCUGUGAGAAGCAUUAACAAAAAAUAUGUUUAGGAUUUGGAAGGACACUUAUUUGGCCCUUAAUUUCAUCUUUCUUUUGUUUAUAUUGAAGUAAAAGUAAGAAUUAAAAAAGAAUAAUUACUCCCACCUCUCCUCCUCCCAAAAUACAGAAACCUGCAACACUAGAAUUUAUUUGUUUAAUUCUGAAUGCUUAUGCUAAAAAGAUUUCCCUUAGGUUAUUCCUCUUAAACUCUAAAUCUACUCUAAGUUUGGGGUAAAAUUAGAGAAAACGAGCAACAGGAAGCAAGAUGAGAUGAGAGGCUUGAGCUUUUGAGCUCGUAUUUUGUCACAGUUGGUUGGAAUAUAGGCCUAGAUGGAAUCGGAGAAAGAGGAAAGAAAAGGAGAAGUGGAUAACGUGAUUCCCAAGGAAAGUCCUGCUGAUGCUCCCGCCACAGCAAUGACGUGGUAAAAGCAGAGCAGAGGAACUAGCAAGCACUCCUGGGAUGAGAGUAAGCAGAACAAGAGGCCUGGAGCGGACAGAAGGCUUGUGAUUGCAGUGUUGUGUCAUGGACGCGUGUGAUAAUGUGGCUACAUUAAGGCCCACGGAAAGAUCCAGUGACUAGUGUGAGGCAGUCGUGUCUCACAGGAGAAGUAGCAGGCCUGUUGAUGAUUGUGCCCAGGAAUGCAUGUGUAGUUGUGUACCUUAUUAUAAAGAGGAAUUAACCCUAAUAGUUCAGUUAUAUUUCUGUAUUUAUGUGUUUUGGACCUGUAUUUUAUUGAGGUUUUUCUAAUUAAAGUUUAGAAAAGGAACAGUAUAUUUAUCCAUUCUGUCCACAUUAUCUGCCCAACAUUUCAAUAUUAUGGGUACCAGUGAUUAAGUGUCAUUAUUUUCAAAAUUUUAUUCUGAUAUUAUACAAUCCUAAUAUUCAUUGAUCAUAUCUGUUAUACCAUGAAGGCAUAUACACCAUUUAUGAUAUUGUUCAUACAGUACACUCACAAGAUAUGGUAAUUACUGUCUGUCAGAUGAUGGUGAAAUUAAUCAGUUUUCUUUCUCUUUUACUGAGUUUUAAAUAUAGAGGUACUCAAGGAUUUUGACAACAGCAAUGGCAAAUGAACAGAAUCAAAUAACAGACUCUAGUCACAUGUUCUUCAAACUGUUUAGCCUAGUGCAAAGAGGAAAGGCUGUGCAAGAGCAAGUUUUCAGAUGGGGUUAUACUUAUCCCUUGCAUAUACCCAUUGUGCAAACCCUUAAAGAGAAGGGUAUGCGUGAGGUUAGGAAACAUUUCACUGGACGUGAACUUGAUCUUCUCAAACAGCCCAUAGAUCUUAGCAAAUUUGAUGUGACUCUAAUGCAUAAAUUACUAGGAUAUGCUGCUGGCUUGGCUAUUCAAAAUGAUAUUAUUUGGAAAACUCCAGGAGAUACCUUGGAAUAUCAUUUGACCACCUUCAGAAACAUGAGGAAUUCUUUAGUUCAUGAAGGAUUUGGCCUUGAUUUUGAAUCCUAUAUUUUGAAAGGGCAGGAGAUCCAAGUGGUGUUGAAAAAGAUUCUGUUGUGUGCAAGGCAGCGUUAUCAAAUUGAUUAUGAAAUAUAUGCAAACUUGUGCCAAGAGCUAGACCGUGACAUAAACUGCAUCUUGAAUACUGAAAGACCGACUGUUCAGGAAAGUGUUUUUGUGACUGACUUGAAAAAUACAUACAGUAGGUUGUCAGUCUUUUCCCCUCUUUUUAAUCUCUUUGAGGAUACAAGAAAUAUACAUGUGAAUAAUGUGUUUACCGAAAUGAAAAUGACAUUAAAAGAAAAUGAAGAAGAUGAUAAAGAACAUGCUGAGGUUAAAUAUGAUGAGUUACUGAUGAUCGUAGAAAAGAAAUUGAAGAAGACAAACAAGAGCAACAUUUUACUGAUUUUAGAAGGGCCAGCAGGAGCAGGCAAAACAACAAUAACAAGAAAAAUUAUCCAUGAUUGGUCCUCAGCCAAAAAUACCAGUACCAUGAGUCAUUUGAAAGGCUAUGAAUUUGUGUUGCUCUAUGAAUGUAAAGAGCAAAAUGUAAAAUCUCUCCCUGAGCUCCUUAUGGCUCUCUUGGCAUGUGAAAGUCAGUAUAUUAAAAAAGAAGAGCUUGUGGGAAAACUCAUGAACAAAAAGAUUUUAUUUAUUGUUGAUGGAUAUGAUGAACUUAACCCAUCAUCAAAAGAAGUUUUCAGAGAGAUCAUGCAGAUGGGUGAAUCGAAUAACAUUGUAAUAUUAUGUACAACACGACCCAACAAAGUGGAAGCUAUCAAAUCAGAGACUCCUAAGAAUUUUGCAGUACUAGAUGUGGAAGUUCAUGGAAUCUCAUUGCAAUAUAGAGAAAUAUUUGUAACCAAUUAUAGUAGAUCCAUUAGUUCUGGUCAAGAUGAAAGUAAACAUCUACCAAGGCUACUGAAUUAUCUAAGGAGGAGAGAAAUCUGGCAGCAACGUCACUGGGACCUGCCCUUGAACUUAGUCCUCCUCACGGUCUUGUGGUUCUAUGACCCUCAGGCAAUUAACAGGUUGACUAGUACGACAGAACUCUUUGUAGAAACAUGGAAAUUAAGCAAGAAACUUGUAGAAGGCCGGCUUUUAGGAGGUGUACAAAAGAGGAACCUAGAUCCAAGUGAGACGAGAAACAAAAUUGAAAUUUGCCUGAAGGUGCUUUAUAGAGAAGCUUUGAUAAGUCUCAUAAAAGAUAACAUUGGGUUAGAAGAGGCUUCAGUACAAAGGCUUAUGGAUACUUGUAGUCACCUAAAUUUGGCCUGUGAUGAGAUUCUCAGUGGCUUUUUGGUCAAAGCAACUUCUGAUGUGAAUGAGGAUAUCACUUACACUUUUCCUCAUAAAGAUAUGCAGGAAUUUUAUGUGGCUAUGUAUAUACAUGAUGUCCUCCAGGAUUUGAAUAUAUCUCAAAUAGUAAAUGACAUUGAAACCUAUCUUAAGAUUAGAUGCAUACCUCAAGAGUACAGGCAAUGUAUACUUACUCCUGUACCUAAUAUUCUAAAAGAAUAUGAAUCUUGUAAGUCCUCUAGGACUAUCAUGAAUGUGCUUGAACAAAUGUUCCAGGAAGUAGUUGAGCAAUCAGAGCAAGAAAAGAGGCAAUUAGAUUUGAAAAACCUUAGAGGCAUUUUAAUCCAUCUGACUGGACUUAUGCAAUGGAGAAGAUCAUUGGGUGAGGAGAGAGCUGAAGAAAUUACUACAUUAUUAAAAGACUCAGGUGUUGAAAGCAGAGUUCACUGGCUGUACAUACUCUCACUCAUCAACUGUAAUGAUACUUUGGACAAACACUUUGCAGGAAUGAUGAAUCUGACAGGACACAUUACAAUUUUAGAAAGGCACAUUGCUCCCUAUACCAGAGUCUUGAAAUAUGCACAGCCAAGAAGUGUCUUGAUCACAGUUAAAAACAGGCCCGAAGAUGUUCCCCUGCAAGAAGUUUUCAUGAGUCUUCACGAGUCCUGGGAGAUAAAGGUGUGUCUUGAAGACGACUUUCAGAAUUCUACAAGCAUAAAUAGUGCCACUGAUGAAUCUCUAAAGGAAAUGUUUCAGAGAUGCAGAGUUACAGGUUUCUGUGGGAUAUUGAGUAAUGCUACAACAACUCAUCUUCCUAGCCAUCUGCAGUAUCUUAGUCUGACAGUGCUUGACAGCAACCAGUAUGAGUUCCUGUUUAUUGUACUGAAUUUAAUCCCAGACAGACAGCCCCAACUGAAACACCUGUCUUAAUCCUGGAAGCACCUGCAGUGUAAACAUUAACCCAUUCACGCCGGGUGUCACGUAUACGUGACGUGCCCACUGUGAGUUUACUUGUUUAAUUGUUUACCCUUUUCUUUAAUUUAUGAAGGUUUUUUACGUUAUCUUAUUUUGCUGUUACCAAUGUUUAUAACAUU